UCUACGAUGGCAACUAGCAAAACAAUAUCGGAAACUCAGGCCACCUAUUAUCCACCUUCGUUAAUGCCACCUUUUAUGGGCGCUUAUCCACCGACCAAGUUGGGUGUCUCUUUAUUCGAGGGUGGAAAGAUAGGUUACUUUCAAAAUUAUAGAAACGAAACAUUAUCAAAAUUGUCGAUGCCAUCGUACGAAUGGGGAAUGCAGAAAACUCCGUACAGUCCAAGACCUGAAAUCGUCGCGGACACGAUGCGUCGUAGCAUUAAUCGUAAUUUAAUGGUGCAGACGAAUGACAUCUCCACGAUCGAUCAAAAGCGCAUGAAGGAAAUUGAUGAUCUGUUCAAAAUAGUGCAACUUCAACGUAGCACGUACAAGGACCGUACCGGUACUUUCCAUCCUUUAGUGUUCUUUACUUCCGAUGAAUACGAGUAUCAAUGUGCACCAGGAAUGACGUUAUCGUACAUCUUUAAAUAUCCAAUGAAUUACAUCGAAUACAAAAUUCCAACAGUUUUGCCUCUUACGUACGAAAGAAGGAAACAAACGCCAUAUAUUCCAGACUUGGCUCUUACCGGGAUAUAUGAUAAAAAAGGUUGCAUCGCUUAUAAACGAUGA